UCAUUACUGGUGAGGUGUCUUGUGGAGCAGGUGUCUAGGCAGGGCGUAGUGCGUCAGUCAUUAACAGGUGAGGGAGUUGCAGGUUGAACCAGCAGUGUCACAGCCCACCUGCUGCCACGUGGGUCCUGGAGGACUGUGGCCGGAGCAGGUUAAUUCAGGUGUUUACUGAGAGGUGUGGUGUGUUUGUUCACACUCUCCUCCUCCCUGUUCUCUACACCCGCCCUGUGGGACUGUUUUCUAAAGAGACAAGGAGGAGCGAGGUUGGCUAGAUUACCUGCUGCUAUGACACUUGCAGAGACGCACAAACCGGUUUAGGGAAUUUUCUCCUGCUUGCCUUCUUCAGGAAUAACUCACUGAAUGAUUAGUGAAUAAAAUCAGCUUUGAGAGCAACAACCAUCCUGAAACAUGCGUUGGUUCCUACGCCGACGUAUGUCCCCCCUGAAGCUGGUGCUCCUUGGGGGGACUCUCUUCAUGGUGGUGCUAGUGGUUCUCCAGAGGGAUGUUGGCAAUUCGCCUGCUGUCGACCCCUGGUUUCAGGAGCUGGUGAUCAAGAAGGAUAAGGUGAUAGUCAUGGUACGAGACGCUGUCAACAACAUUGGCUUCCAAAUUGGAGCUCCGCAGCCACAGCCAGUGGAGGAGCAGCCCACCGAGGACGUCAAAUGCCCCACUGGAUUCUACACUCAGGCUGAGCUCAAACCUCACCUGGAGAGACCGCCUCAGGACCCCAAUAGCCCCGGGGCUGAUGGGAAGCCCUUUAAGAAAGACCACAUGACCCCAGAGGAGGAGAAGGAAAAGGAGGAGGGUAUGACACGGCACUGUUUCAACCAGUUUGCCAGUGACCACAUUUCGCUCAGCCGUAGUCUUGGGGAUGACACGAGGCCUCCAGAGUGCGUGGAGAGGAAGUUUCGUCGCUGUCCUCCUCUGCCUACCACCAGUGUUAUUAUUGUCUUCCACAAUGAAGCUUGGUCCACCCUCAUCAGGACGGUCUACAGCGUCCUGCACUCAUCUCCUGCUAUCCUGCUCAAAGAGAUCAUCAUGGUAGAUGACGCCAGUACUGCAGAGCACCUGAAGAGCCAACUGGAGGACUUUGUGAGUCAACUGAAGAUUGUUCAUGUAGUGAGGCAGCUGGAGAGGAAGGGCCUCAUCACUGCCAGGCUCCUGGGUGCCAGCAUCGCUCAGGGCGAAGUGCUAACCUUUCUUGACGCACACUGUGAGUGUUUCCAUGGUUGGCUCGAGCCCCUCUUGGCCCGAAUUGUUGAGGAACCCACUGCUGUUGUUAGUCCAGAGAUCUCCACCAUUGACCUCAACAGCUUUCAGUUCAGCAAGCCCGCAGCCACCGCCCGCGCUUUCAACCGAGGUAACUUUGACUGGAGCCUGACCUUCGGCUGGGAGGCAAUCCCUCCAGAAGCGAGGAAGCUGCGCAAGGACGAAACCUACCCUGUAAAAACACCCACUUUUGCCGGAGGUCUCUUCUCAAUCUCGAAGAAAUACUUUGAACACAUUGGAACAUACGAUGACAAGAUGGAGAUCUGGGGCGGUGAAAAUGUGGAGAUGUCAUUCAGAGUGUGGCAGUGUGGCGGUCAGCUAGAGAUCAUCCCGUGUUCUGUGGUGGGCCAUGUCUUCCGUAACAAGAGCCCCCACACUUUCCCCAAGGGCACAGAGGUCAUCACACGCAACCAAGUGCGCCUGGCGGAGGUCUGGAUGGAUGACUUCAAGAACAUCUACUAUCGCCGCAACAAGAAUGCUGCAAUCAUGGCUAGAGAGAAUAAGUUUGGGGACAUCACUGAUCGUCUGAAUCUGAGAGAGAGGCUUCACUGUAAGAACUUCACCUGGUACUUAAACACAAUCUACCCAGAGGCCUUCAUUCCAGACUUAAACCCAGAAAAGUUUGGAGCAAUUAGAAACUCUGGAUCUCAUACCUGUCUGGAUGUUGGAGAGAAUAACCAGGGAGGUAAACCUGUGAUCAUGUACCCCUGUCACAACAUGGGAGGCAACCAGUACUUUGAAUACACAUCUCAUAAGGAGCUGCGUCACAAUAUUGGAAAGCAGCUGUGUCUUCAUGCCACACCCCAGCCAGAGCAGAUAAAGAUCGAGCUAUGCCAGCUGAAGGGGAAGGGCACCAGUUUGGGACCACAGCAGGAGUGGAUCUUUACAGAUGAAAAUCUUCUGAAGAAUCCCAGCAGUGGGAAAUGUUUACAACUGAAAGGAGGUCAGCUUCAGAUGGACAACUGUAACGCUGCCGACCUCUUCCAGCACUGGACCUUUAGCUGACCUUCCAGUCUGCCCAUCAUGUGACCACUGGCACCCUGUGUCCCCUUCCUUAGACUCAGCUCCAAGGAGCCAAUGCAACAUUGAUCCAGAGGGACUUUGUGCUGUGGAGCUUGGGGAAUAUGGCCAUACAGAGUGGACAGUUAAAGAUGGAGUACAAAGUGAAGACAGUCACAUUCGUUGGAGGACCCUCGGGGUUGGCCUUAACUUGUUUUAAAUGUAUUUAUGAUGAAGACUCAAAAGACAUUUGAAGGUGGCUGGGUGAUUAUCGGACACCAGAGUGUGGACUUCAUGUUCAGGGGUGGCAGCUUGGCUGAGCUGCAGUGAUCUUAUUUUCAGUGAAUUUACACUCCAGCUGGAAAAUCACCAUUUAUUGACUUUUUGGUGAGACAGUGAAUGUUGAAAGAUGACAAUAUGCACACGUCUUAACUAAAGAGCAAGAGAUGUCUGUUUUUUUAAAUAAAAAAUCUUUGUUGUGUCAGAAAAAUUAUCAUUUGUAUUACAGUGGUGUGA